UGAAGCAGCCGAAGCUCGCCGCCCGCCCGCCCGCCCGCCAGCCAAGCUAAAAGAUUUGAAGACCCACCCUCAGUAGAUUCUAGUGAUGCUCUCUUAGCCAGUAGGCAAGAUCCUGCGAGGCUGCAACAUUGGUGACCUCCAUGUCUGGGGCCCCACGCUCCAAUCUUGGAUUUGUUGCCAGGGACAUGAAUGGUAGCAUUCCAGUAAGUUCUGCAAAUUCCUCUGGGCCAAGUAUCGGUGUUAGCUCUUUGGUGACCGAUGGCAAUUCAUCACUCUCUGGAGGUGCCCAGUUUCAGCACAGUACGAGCAUGAAUGCUGAUUCAUUCAUGCGCCUCCCUGCCUCCCCGAUGUCAUUUUCAUCCAAUAACAUAUCUGGCUCCUCAGUCAUCGAUGGGUCCAUCAUGCAGCAAAGUCCACCCCAAGAUCAGAUGCAGAAGCGCAGAUCAUCUACUGCAACGUCCCAACCUGGGACUGAGGCAGGCGCUGCAUUCCAUGCUCAGAAGAAGCCAAGGGUUGAUAUUAGGCAAGAUGAUAUCCUGCAACAACACUUGAUUCAGCAGGUGCUCCAAGGUCAAAGUUCUAUCCAUCUCCAGGGCCAACAUAACCCACAGCUUCAAGCUUUGAUCCGUCAGCAGAAACUGGCACAUAUUCAGCAUCUACAGCAGCAGCAGUUGUCACAACAAUUUCCUCAAAUCCAGCAAUCACAAGUUGGCAUACCUCGGCAGCCGCAGUUGAGGCUGCCGCUAGCACAGCCUGGCAUGCAGCUAGCUGGACCUGUUAGGACUCCUGUCGAGAGCGGGCUUUGUUCUCGAAGGUUAAUGCAGUAUUUGUUCCAUAAGCGGCACCGGCCAGAGGAUAACCCCAUAACUUACUGGAGGAAGCUUAUUGAUGAAUAUUUUGCACCACGAGCAAGAGAAAGAUGGUGUGUGUCAUCAUAUGAAAAAAGAGGGAAUUCUCCAGUUGCUAUUCCACAGACAUCUCAGGAUACAUGGCGUUGUGAUAUUUGCAAUACACAUGCAGGGAAAGGACAUGAGGCUACCUAUGAAAUACUUCCUAGACUCUGUCAGAUUCGAUUUGACCAAGGUGUUAUAGAUGAAUAUCUAUUCCUGGACAUGCCCAAUGAAUUCCGGUUGCCCAAUGGAUUACUUCUCCUGGAGCAUACUAAAGUUGUUCAGAAGAGCAUCUAUGAUCAUCUACAUGUUACACACGAGGGGCAACUGAGAAUAAUAUUCACUCCAGAACUAAAGAUUAUGUCUUGGGAGUUCUGUUCACGACGACAUGAUGAGUAUAUCACUCGCAGGUUUCUAACACCACAGGUUAAUCAUAUGCUGCAAGUUGCCCAGAAGUAUCAAGCUGCUGCCAAUGAAAGUGGGCCUGCUGGGGUAUCGAACAAUGAUGCACAAGCCAUUUGCAACAUGUUUGUGUCUGCAUCACGGCAAUUAGCGAAAAAUCUAGACCACCACAGCUUAAAUGAGCAUGGUCUCUCUAAAAGAUAUGUUCGCUGCUUGCAGAUAUCAGAGGUGGUGAAUCAUAUGAAGGACUUAAUUGAGUUCAGCCACAAGAACAAGCUUGGUCCUAUAGAGGGCCUGAAGAACUAUCCCAGACAAACCGGACCAAAGCUUACAACGCAGAACAUGCAUGAUGCAAAGGGGCUGGUCAAAACGGAAGCAAGUUCCCAUGUGAAUAACGAUGGUCCAGAUGCUGGACCCGCUGGUAGCACUCCUCAGAAUCCUGGAGCACAAAACAACUACCAGAAUAUGCUGAGAAGCCCAAGCCCAAAUCAGGGACUGACUCACCAGGAGGCAUCCCAGAAUGCAGCGGCACUGAACAACUACCAGAAUAUGCUUAGAAGCUCGAGCGCAAACCAGGGUUUGCUUCAGCAGGAGGCAUCACAGAACGCGGCGGGGUUAAAUAAUUACCAGAAUAUGCUUAGAAGCUCGAGUGCGAACCAGAGUAUCCUUCAGCAGGAGGCAUCGAGCAUCUUUAAAGGCCCUACAGGAGUGCACAGUGGCAUUCAGCUGGAAGCAGCCAGAUCCUUCCGUGCGGCUCAGCUUGGGCCCAUGUCGUUUCAGCAAGCUGUGCCCCUGUAUCAGCAGAACAGUUUUGGGGCUGGUGUGAGUCCGCAGUACCAGCAGCAUGUCAUGCAGCAGCUGCUGCAAGAAGCCAACAGGAGUACCAACAACCGGGUUCUGGCGCAGCAGCAGCCUCUUAGCAGCCCCAAUGCAAACGGAGGUCUCGCGAUCACCAACAGCGGUGCUAGUGGAGAUCAGGCACAACACAUGAAUAAUAACGGAGCCGCAAAGGGCAUGGCAGCUCCAAUGGGUACGGUGGGGACCAGCAAUCUGAUCAACAGCGGAGCAGCUGGGGUCGUCCAGCGAUGCAGCAGCUUCAAGUCGGUGACUAGCAACCCCGCUGCUGCCAUGGCCGGCAACCCACCGACCCCCAAGGCCGAGUCCAUGCACGAGAUGGACGAGCUCGACCAUCUCAUCACUAGCGAGCUCACGGAGAGCGGGCUGUUCAUGGGGGAGCAGCAGGGAGGUGGCGGCAGCUACUCAUGGCACAUGUGAGAGAGACUGCUAAAUUAACCUAUAUAGUUCAUCUGUUCUGCGAGUUGUGUUUGAUGUGUAACCGCCGUAGAUUAUUCGGAGUCUAUCUUCCUUUUUUCGAGCUUCCGUGUAGCUGACUGGAACAGAUGGAAUCUUCAGUUAUGUGAGUGUGAGCUGGCUUGGGAAUUUGUGAGCAGUGCAGCCCAGUGUUAUUAUCUAUGGAAUGACAUGGUGUGGUUGUCGUUUGUGCUGCAA